UUAACAUAUACGCAACAUCAAUGUAUCAUCAAAUCGGUUUAUCGGCCAGUACCAUACAGAGGGUCGUUAGAAAUGUUCAUUAGCCAAGGGCUGAUAAUCGCGUUGGUGUGCCUCAUAGCAGCUGCUGCUGCCCAGCAGACCGUGGAGACCCAUGCUAAGAUAGUAGGGGGCUAUCCAAUAACUGUUACCGAUGUCCCAUAUAUUGUCUCAAUUCGCGUACGUUACUAUCAUGAGAAAGAGUUCGGAAUGGGUCACAUUUGCGGUGGGGCUUUGAUAUCAGAGCGCGUGGUUUGCUCGGCGGCCCAUUGCUUUGCCGAAAAUGGUACUAUACCGGUGAAAUACAGAGGCUCAGAGAACUAUGUAGUCGUCGCCGGAGGAAGCAAUCUUAAUGAGAAAGACAGCUUUACCCAGGUGUAUUUGGUGCAGGAGAUCAUCGGACAUCAUAAGUACUACUAUCCUACACUUGAGAACGAUAUAGCGCUGGUGUUUCUAAAUGGUCUGAUACCAUCCAAAUGCCCAACCAUUCGCCCGUUGCCCCUUGCCGAGAGGCCAGCAAAUCAAGGCACCCUUUGCCUUAUCAGCGGCUGGGGCAAUAAGUACAAACAGCUGCGCCAGGCGAUAGUGCCCGUUGUGCCCCAAAAUGUCUGCUCUAUCAUCUAUUUCUUUCUUCCGCAAACGCAGAUGUGCGCCGGCUGGCUGCGGGGCGGCAUCGAUGCCUGCAAAGGUGACUCCGGCGGCCCACUCGUUUGUGGCGGCCACCUCACGGGCAUUAUCUCAUGGGGCGUGGACUGUGGCCGCAUGUUUUUUCCAGGCGUAUAUACAAAUAUAUCAAACUUUACUGACUGGAUCAGGUCGGCCAACUCCUCGCUGGACUAUGCAGACUUUACCCUAAGAAGUUUGCAUAACAAAGCUAGCAGGAGUCGCUUUUCUCUAAAAUUAUAUGUGGUUUAUAGUGCUUUGCUUACGAUAUAUCCAAACUUCAGUCUGCAAACACAUCUUUGAUAGGUUUUCAUUUAAACGAUGGCUUAGACGAUAAUCUGAUGAUACAACAUAUAUCGAAUUGACAUUUUGAUUUCGACUAUGACUCACUAUAUAAAUGAAUAUUAUAGUCUGAGCCAAAAAGAGCAGAAGUAAAA